GAUGGGGAAAAACAUCGGAUUUCCCUUGGCAUGAAAAAAUCAUAUUUUACUGAUGAUAUUGGCAUCACCAAAGAAGAAGACUCUGAUGAAGACAUUGAAGAGACUGAUGUCAUGGAUGAUGAGGCGAGGUCAAUACAGUUGACAAAUAGUACUCCUGGGAUGAACAUUGAGUAUGAAAGUGGAGCAAGCUCUGUUCUUGCCCAAGCAGAAUCAAGAGCUUCAAUUCCUCCACUUGAGGUCACUAUAGAUGACAUUGAACAUGCUGAUAUGGAUAUUAGUCAAAAUCAAGCAAAUAAUGACAACGCAAUCACCAUUGACGAGAAGAGCAAGAAGCGGGAAAAAAAGAAAGCAAAGGAAGAGAGGGAGCGAGAAAUUAGAGCCGCUGAGGAAAGACAAUUGGAGAAGGAUGUACCAAGAAAUGCUGAUGAAUUUGAGAAACUUGUUAGGAGCUCUCCUAAUAGCAGUUUUGUUUGGAUUAAAUACAUGGCUUUUAUGCUUAAUUCAGCUGAUAUCGAGAAAGCCCGUGCUAUUGCUGAAAGGGCUUUGAGAACCAUAAACAUUCGAGAAGAAACAGAGAAGCUAAAUAUCUGGGUGGCUUACUUUAACUUGGAGAAUCAGUAUGGGAAUCCUCCAGAGGAAGCUGUGCAAAAGGUAUUUCAAAGAGCAUUGCAGUAUUGUGAUCCCAAAAAGGUACAUUUUGCAUUUCUGGGCAUGUACGAGAGGACAGAGCAACAUAAAUUGGCCAAUGAGCUACUUGACAAAAUGAGCAGGAAGUUUAAGCACUCAUGCAAGGUUUGGUUGCGGCGGGUGCAGACGUUAUUGACCCAACAGCAGGAUGGCGUUCAACCUGUUGUAAAUCGUGCUUUACUAUGCCUUCCACGCCAUAAGCACAUAAAGUUCAUUUCACAGGCAGCUAUACUUGAGUUCAAAUCUGGAGUCCCUGAUAGAGGGAGAUCUAUGUUUGAGGGAAUUUUACGGGAGAAUCCAAAGAGAACAGAUUUGUGGAGCAUUUAUCUUGAUCAAGAGAUUCGACUUGGAGAUGAAGAUGUGAUCCGUGCUCUGUUUGAAAGGGCAAUUAGUUUGAGCUUACCACCCAAAAAGAUGAAGUUUCUGUUCACAAAGUAUCGUAAUUACGAAGAGUCCCGUGGUGACAAGGAAAGAGUAAAAUCCGUCUUGCAGAAGGCGAUUGAUUACGUUAAUAGUAUUUGAUGUGGAUUAUCCAAGUACAUUGAAAUUAUUACAGAAUCCUUGAUGAUCUACUUGCUGAUUAGAACUUGUUUUAGAACCCUAAAUAGUAGAUUAUGUGCUGUUAGAUGGGGGAAAUGUCCCUCUGUAUUUAGUAUCUCGACUUUGGCAUUGACCCCGACCUUGGUUUUCAUGUAAAAUGCUACUGCUAGAGGAACGAUGUAAUCAUUUUUGGAUUGGAUUAUUGUGCAAGGCACUUUAACUCGAGGUAACUUGUGUCUGAGGUCACUUGAGAAAACAGCUUUAGCAGCACUCGGUGCAAUAUCUGGUUU